AAAUUAAAGACUAACUUACAUAAACGGCAAACAAAGCAUAAACUUGCGGGUCUUAAUUGUGUGUUACUAUUAUAUUCUUCAACACUUGAAUAAGAAACUCGAGGCUUCUCCAUUUUGUCAGUUUCAACUCAGAAAUUAACCCCAUGACACAUGUAAUCAUGAAAGAGAAGAAAGAGAAGUUGAUGAAUGAAUUCUGGCUAAGGCCAGCUUUCAAAAAGAACUCAGUGGUGGCAGCAAAAUGGAAAUAUGUGAGGAAGAAAACUACAGCAACCAUAGCCACAUCAUUGCUGCUUUUCUUCUUUCUUCUCCUAGUUUCUGUCUUGUCCUUGACCGGAUGGUUUGAUCUUACAAAAUACACUGGUGAUUCAUAUAAAAAAGUAGCAAUUACCCCAACAAUCCAACCCCAGCAAAUUCUUGAAUUCCCUUUGGAUUGUGCUGCAUGGAAUCAGUCCAAUACAUGCCCAAGAAACUACCCUACUUCCUACAAACCCUUUAACCCUAAUAACUCAACAUGUCCCGAGUAUUUUAGAUGGAUUCAUGAAGAUUUAAAGCCAUGGAAGGAGACAGGAAUCACUAGGGAUAUGUUGGAGAAAGGCAAAGGGCAUGCACAUUUCAGAUUAAUUAUAUUGGAUGGCAAAAUUUAUGUUGAGAAAUAUAACAACAAGAAAUUUAUUCAGACUAGACAUUUGUACACAAUGUAUGGAAUUGUACAACUCUCAAGGUGGUAUCCUGGGAAAUUACCUAAUUUGGAGAUCAUGUUUUCUACGGAUGACCGACCGGUCGUCCGAUCGAAAGAUUAUCGAAAACCUAACUCCGGUCCACCACCGUUAUUCCGCUACUGUUCAGAUUGGCAUAGUUUGGAUAUUGUCUUCCCAGAUUGGUCAUUUUGGGGCUGGGCCGAGACAAAUAUAAAGCCAUGGAGAAGUGUGAUUAAGGACAUAAAAGAAGGUAAUAAAAUAUCAAAAUGGAAGGAUAGGGUGCCCCUUGCUUAUUGGAAGGGAAAUCCCCAUGUUUCUCCAAUCAGAAAAGAUCUCAUGAAGUGCAAUAUUACUGAUAAACAUAACUUUGAUACUCUCUUGUACGUCCAGGACUGGAUUGAUCAAUCCAAAAAGGGGUACAAGGAAUCAGAUCUUGCAAAUCAAUGCACCCAUAGAUAUAAAAUAUAUGUGGAAGGAUGGGCAUGGUCAGUGAGUGAAAAAUACAUUUUGGCCUGCGAUUCACCAACAUUAUACAUAAGACCUCGUUUCCAUGAUUUCUUCAUGAGAGGGAUGAUUCCACAGCAGCAUUAUUGGCCCAUUCGAGACAAUGAUAAAUGUAGGUCCCUCAAGUUUGCUGUUCAAUGGGGCAACAAUCACACUGACAAGGCAGAGGCCAUAGGGAAGGCAGGAAGCCAUUUCAUUCAUGAAGAUAUGAAGAUGGAAUAUAUAUUUGAUUACAUAUUCCAUUUGCUGAAUGAAUAUGCAAAGUUGCUCAAGUUUGAACCAGAAGUUCCAGCAGAGGCAGUUGAAAUAUGUUCAGAAUCAUUGGCAUGCACUUCAGAAGGUAUUUGGAGAAAGUUCAUGGAAGAAGGCUUAGAGAAAUCUCCAAGCUAUACAAAUCCAUGCAGACUACCUCCACCUUAUGAUCCUCAAGAACUCAAAUCAUUUGUUGAACAAAAGACAAAAGCCACACAGCAAGUGGAGGCAUGGGAGAAUGAGUAUUAUUGGAGCAACCCAAACAACAAGCAAUAGGGACCUUUUAUAUAUGCAACUUAGAUAAUGUAUAUUGCACUUGUAUUUUAGAAAUUAACCUUAUGUAUUAUUAUGUACACCUUCUUCAACCUCUCAUCUUAAUAAAGUAAUUAACUUCCAAUUAGAGUUUUGUAACUUUUGAUACAA